UUUCUUCUGCAAAUGCCUGAUCAGUGUUGCAGACAGGCUACGUCUGAAAUGCCAAUAGCCUAUUCGACUCGGCUAUCGCAGACUGUGUAUGUAAACUAUUUAACAAAACUUAAAAAAAAAAAAAAAAAUUGUGAGGGUGCACUCUGCAGGGCUGAGAGGAGAGGGCCAGGGAAAGGGACCACGUGGACUAGGGAUGGGCAACACUCUUCAAGUGAGUUUCCAGACUCCCAGCAGUCGCACCAUGGAAUCACUGGCAUCUGCAAAUGGCCAUUUCUCCCUUGAACUUUUCAAGAAGAUCUCAGAGAAGAACAAGACGGGCAACGUGUUCUUCUCUCCUCUGAGCAUCUCUUCAGCCCUGGCCAUGGUCUGCCUUGGAGCCAACGGCAACACUGAGGCCCAAAUGCACAGGUCCCUGAACCUUCACAAAGCUGAGGGUGACGUCCAUGUUGGCUUCAGUAAGCUCUUUGCUGAACUCAACCGAAAGAGCUCCCCCUACGCCCUGAGUCUAGCCAAUCGCCUCUAUGGAGAGCAGUCCUAUCAGUUUCUUGAGAAAUACCUUGCUGACACAAAGACACACUACCUUGCUGAGCUGGAGGCUGUUGACUUCCGUAAAAAUGCAGAGGCAGCUCGAGUGAAAAUCAACAAAUGGGUGGAGAAAAAGACACAGAACAAAAUCAAGGACCUCUUGGCUCCAGGGGGUCUGGAUGAGGACACCAGACUGGUGCUGGUAAAUGCAAUCUACUUCAAAGGCAACUGGGACAAGCAGUUCAAAGGACAUCGAACAGAGGAAAUGUUUUUUUCUCUCAAGAAGAAUGUAAGCAAGUCUGUUCAAAUGAUGCAUCAGAAGGCGAAGUUCCCCUUCACCUACAUCCCUGACGUCAAUUGCCAGAUUCUAGAGCUGCCCUACGUGGGUAAAGAUCUGAGCAUGCUCAUUAUGCUGCCUAAUGAGAUGGAGGACAACACCACUGGACUAGAGAAGCUGGAGCAGAUGCUCACAUAUGAGAACUUUGCGGAGUGGACCAAGCCAGGCAGGAUGAGGACUGUUGAGGUGCAGGUGGGUCUCCCCAAGUUCAAGCUGGAGGAGACGUACGACCUCAAGGAGAUCCUGGAGAGCAUGGGCAUGACGGACGCCUUCAACCCUGAGAGCUGCGACUUCUCCGGCAUGUCCCCCUGCAACGACCUUUUUCUGUCCAAGGUCGUGCACAAGUGCUUUGUGGAGGUGAAUGAGAAAGGCACUGAGGCGGCGGCCAGUCUAGCUGGGGAGUUGGUUGAGAGGUGUGCCACGCUUGAUGAUGAUUGCAAGAGGUUCGUGGCAGACCACCCCUUCCUCUUCUUCAUCCGACACAACCGCACCCAGAGCGUCCUCUUCUACGGACGCUACAGCUCUCCAUCUCCAUUACCAGAGAGAUGUCCAAUACCAGAGAGAUGUGUCUUCUGUCUUCUGAACCUGUGUCAGGAGCACUGUAAAACAUGA